CUGAAUCUGACCUAUCAUUCCCCCCCCCUCCACCUUCUCAAUCAGGCGGUAGAGGAUGAUGGGUUCUAUGCCAGUGCAUUGAGGGGUGGGCAGGUUGGGGAACAAGCCAACCUUUGCACCUCUCUAGGAGGCUGAAGAGUGGAUGAUGGGUGCUGUGGUACAGCACACCUGACCCUUGAAAGCAAGAGGUUGUGCCAUGAAGGUGAAACUGAAAAAUGUUUUUGUUAUCUACUUCCUCGUGUCCUUGAUUGGCCUUAUGUAUGCAUUGAUGCAAUUGGGGCAGCCCUGUGAUUGCAGCCAACACCUGAAGGCCGCUAGUGACCUCGUCCAUGCCAAGGAGAAGCGACUGUCUCAGUUGCAAAGAGAAGUGAAGCGGCUGCAGGGCCUGGAAAAAGUGCCGGAGCCGGUAGAAGAAACACCGGUCAUCUAUGUGGUCACGCCCACCUAUGCCAGGCUGGUUCAGAAAGCCGAGCUGGUCCGUCUCUCCCAGACGCUGAUGCACAUCAGAAACCUGCACUGGAUCGUGGUCGAGGACUCGCCGAGCAAGACCCAGCUGGUGUCCGACCUGCUGGUCCAGAGCAAACUGCCUUUUACCCACCUCCACACCGAGACCCCCAAGGAGCACAAACGGAAGGAGACGGAUCCCAACUGGCUGAAGCCGCGCGGGGUGGAGCAGCGGAAUCUAGCUCUGCAGUGGUUGCGCGAGCACCGCAAGCUCCCCGACGCGGGCGUGGUGUAUUUUGCCGAUGACGACAACACUUACAGCCUUCGCCUCUUCGACGAGAUCCGUUCCACCCAGCGUGUCUCGGUCUGGCCCGUAGGCCUGGUGGGAGGCCUCCGUUUCGAGCGGCCCCUGGUGGAAAACAGCAGAGUGGUGGGUUUCUACACGGCUUGGAAGCCCAACCGGCCUUUCCCCAUCGACAUGGCGGGCUUCGCCGUGGCCCUGUCGCUGCUGCUGGCCAACCCCGAGGCUCGCUUCGACUUGCUGGCCGAGCGCGGUUACUUGGAGAGCAGCCUCUUGCAGUCGCUGGUCUCGAUGGAAGAGCUGGAGCCGAAGGCAGACAACUGCACCAAGGUCCUCGUUUGGCACACCCGGACCGAGAAGCCGAAGAUGAAACAGGAAGAGCUUUUGCAGAAGCAGGGCUUGGGUUCCGAUCUCAGCAUCGAGGUGUGAGAGACCAGCCUCUCGUCCAGGUAUCACAGUGGUGGGGCAGGGGCAUCUCUGCUGGGCCAGAGAGCCCACCCCAGCCGGAAUGUAUAGAGAGAACACAUUAUUUUAAUUUAUGAAGGCUGAAUCCUGUCCUCCCACCCUCCCCACAAGCUCUCUCCGUGUGCUGGGGCCGGUGGUCAGGACGUUGACUUACAUGAAGAAAUCUCUAUGAUCCCAUAUUUAAAUUAUAUAUGGACUGUGGGGAAAUGGAAGCCCCGGUCCUGGGGAGCGGCUGGUUCCUGUCCCACUUGCUUCAGUGUGUGUCUGUGUGUCUUAGUGUUGUCUUUAAGGCUGCGUUGAUAAUAUGCAUGGGAAUCUUUCAACAAUACCCCCCCUUCUCGAGUUUCAUGUAUCCCCCCCCCCCAAAGACUCUCGGAACAAAUCUCUAACAAAUCAAAAUCAUUGACUUCUUCUUGGGUCUCUACUAUCGGCGGUGGGAAAAGGCAAUUUUUAUCCAUUUCAAAGUCUACCGAGUUUUCUUUCAAGCCGGAGUCGUGGCAAAUUUGAGACUUCUAGACUACAUCUCCCAGAAUUCCCCAGCCAGCAUGGCCGACAAAGUGAUUCUGAGAAUUGAAGUCCCCAAAUCUUAAAAGUUACCAGAUUUGGAGAUCCUUGCUAUAAAGCUGUGUUUGUCUCAACUUUGGCAGUGUGAAAAUGUCUUGACUAUAACUCCCAGAAUUCCCCAUCCAACAUGCUUUGAGAUGACGGGACUAGAACUCCCAGAAUUCCCCAUCCAACAUGCUUUGAGAUGACUGGACUAUAACUCCCAGAAUUUUCCAGCCAUCAUGCUUUGAGAUGAUUGGACUACAAUUCCAAGAAUUCCCCAUCCAACAUGCUUUGAGAUGCCUGGACUAGAAUUCCCAGAAUUCCCCAUCCAACAUGCUUUGAGGUGCCUGGACUAUAACUCCCAGAAUUUUCCAGCCAACAUGCUUUGAGAUGAUUGGACUACAAUUCCAAGAAUUCCCCAUCCAACAUGCUUUGAGAUGCCUGGACUAGAACUCCCAGAAUUCCCCAUCCAACAUGCUUUGAGAUGCCUGGACUAUAACUCCCAGAAUUUUCCAGCCAACAUGCUUUGAGAUGAUUGGACUACAAUUCCAAGAAUUCCCCAUCCAACAUGCUUUGAGAUGCCUGGACUAGAACUCCCAGAAUUCCCCAUCCAACAUGCUUUGAGAUGCCUGGACUACAAUUCCAAGAAUUCCCCAUCCAACAUGCUUUGAGAUGCCUGGACUAUAACUCCCAGAAUUUUCCAGCCAAUGUGAUCUGGAUUUCAAUUUCCAUUUAACUUUAUUAAAUUAUUAUUUAUUUUUUUUAAAUGCUUGGGGAAUUCUGGGACUUGAAGUUCACACAACUUAAAGCAUGCUGGCUGGGGAAUUCUGGGAGUUGUAGUCAAGACGUCCGCCCAGUGUCACAUUGCCAAAGUUGAAAAAUAACUGCUUUAAAGCAUAUUCUGUAAUGGUUUAAUUUCAGAUAUGGGGAUGGCUGAAUUUUUAACCUAAACAAACCGGGGUUUAAUCCCGAUAUGUAAAAAAAACCUUGCCAAAUUUGGCGCCUCCUGUAUUUUUCGCCUGCAUUUUGGGGACGUGAUGCUGCUUUCCACAUCUUGGCAUAUUUUACUUCUGUUGUGCUUGCUUUGGGGCGGGGUGAGCAAGUAGAUUACCGAAGAUCUUCGCACAAUGGCCAAUCCGGUUUGCCUCAAAUCUUCCCGGCGUCCGAACUCAGGAUUUUAUUUCUCGGACGCGCUUGGAAUUACCGAGCGCUUGGAAAACGCUUGGAAAACGAACGUGGGGAUGGACAUCUUUGAGCCGGGGAGGGUUUAGAAUUGACUUGUGGGGCUCGGUUUGCUUGAUUGACAGCAGAAGAGACUAGAUGAUCCCAGGACAACGAAGUUGAAUCAUCAGCCUGCUGCUGGCACGGCCUUCUUCAGAUAAUAUGGCAUUUGCUCAUCACGUUACUUGCCACGCCCAGGUUUCGCAUCCUUCAACGCUGAGCUAAGGACUUCCAGCAAAGAGGUGUUGUCUUUUUUGCAACGCACUCCGGCCUCGCCCCAAAUGUUCUCGACACAAAAAGAGCCGCUUUGCGGAGGGAUAUUUCAGCAGCCAGAUUCGUUUUCCCGCUUAUCGCCGAAGGAACGGAUACAGUACAGGUAGUUUUCGGCUUAAAAAUCACCUUUCAUUUUAGUGACCGUUUAAAGCUACAGCACUGACUUAACGACGGUUUUUCACACUUAACGACCGUUGCAGCAUUCCCCACCCCGUGGUUAUGUGAUCAAAAUUCAGACUGGUAUUUAUGACGGUCGCAGCGUUUCCCGGGGUCGCUGCGAUCCCCUUUUGCGGCCUUCUGACAAUGGGGAAGCCAGAUUCACUUAACAACCGCGUGACUAAUUUAACGACCUCAGUGAUUCGCUUCGUAACAAGGGAGGCAAGGAAGGUUCUAAAAGGGAGCGAAAGAGACUUAACCGCUGUCUCGCUUAGCAACAGAAGGCUCUGAUGAUCCCAGCUGAGUCGCCUAAUCGGCAGAGGCUUUUUUUCUUUUAAAUGCCUCUGCCGAUCAAGCAACUCAGCUGGGAUCGUCAGAGGCUUUUAAAAGAAAAAAAGCUUCUGCCAAUCAGGCAACUCAGCUUGGAUCGUCAGAGGCAUUUAAAAGCAUUUUUUCUACAACCUCUGAAGAGGUUGUAGAAAAAAUGCUUUUAAAAGCCUCUGAUGAUCCCAGCUGAGCUGCGUGAUCAUCAGAGGCUUUUUUUUUUUACUUUUAAAAGCAUUUUUUUGGCUGAAGAGGUUGUAGAAAAAAUGCUUUUAAAAGUAAAAGAAAAGCCUCUGAUUGUGCGGCUCAGCUGGGCAUUGGGGGGGGGCAGGGAUUUUUGCUACCGGUUCUCUGAACCACCUGCCUCCAUCGCUCCCAGAUCGGGCGAUCCGGUCCGAACCGGGAGCAUUUCACCCCUGCGAGGUACUUUCCGCAUUGGCCGUCGUGUAUCCCUUUAAGCCCCAAUCGACUUCCUCAGCCCGGUGAUAAAACCACAAUUCACAACACUGGAAUGGCUGAAUUAAUACGUGUCCUCAACAAUCCUCCCUUAAUGUGGAGUAAAAAAAAACAGACCGUGGUUUUUAAACCACGCAAUUCAUGGCUUAGCAUAGGGCCAGUAAGACCUCACGAGUGUUUGCUCGGGUGGAAAAAGCAAAGCAUAAAUUCAAUAAAUUAUGUCGAAAGGUU